GCCCCCCCCCCCUCCUCUCCCCCAAAAAAACAAGUUGCUUACGACACCAUAAAACGGGUUGCUCCAAAUCCUCAUCCAUCAUCGCCACGCCAAAACACACCAACCAACCAAACACACGCGUGCUGUGAUUGUUGUUGUGCCGUCCAUCCAUCCAUCCCACCCCCACCCAAUCAACCCAUGAUGACGGUGCUGCUGCGCCUUGCUGGCCUGGCUGUUGUUGUUGUUGUUGCUAGCUUGGCCUUGCUGGCACCGCCAUGCAGUGCUGCAGAUUCCGCGGAGACGAUUAUCAACGUGUGGCCGCAGCCGGUGACGCAGACGUGCACGGGCCAGUCGCCACGCAAGCUCUGGCAGUCCUUCAGCAUCACCAGCACGCAGGACAGCCUGAGCCCCAUCAUCGCGCGGUACACGCGCAUCAUCGCGGACAUUGUGACUGACAAGGAUGCGUGGGCGCCGAAGAAGAGCGCCAACUCCAUCAACGGCAUGGUCAUCUCCGUGUCUCAGCCGGCGAUCCCGGAUCGCGAGCCCUCCGCAGAGUCGUACACCAUCGCCACAAACGACAACACCAUUGCCGUGCACACGCCGAGCAUCGCCGGCGCCGUGUACGCGCUGGAGACCUUCACGCAGAUUCUCAUGGAGGGCCAGGGCGCCGUGCCCUGCGACAACCUCGAAGUGCGCGACUCGCCAACCCUGGCCAACCGCGGCCUCGUUGUGGACGUGGCCUCGCGCUACCUUGAUCUGCAGACCAUGCACGAGCUCAUCGACUCCAUGGCCAUGCUCAAGCUGAACACGCUCGGCAUGCACUUUAGCGACUACGGCGCGUUCCGCGUCGCCACCCGCUACAACGAGCUCACCGAUGACCUCAACGGCCUGUACCCUGGCCACGUCAUGAGUAACCUGCAAGAGUACGCCAGCCAGCGUGGGGUGCGUCUGGUUCCGCACAUGGAGCUCCCCUCCCACGCCUCGGGCUUCCAGCCCGCCGAGGACAACGUCUUCUUCUGCACCAGCGAUGACGUGUACACGGAGAAGAGCGUGCUGAACAACGACGCCAGCACCCUUUCCUUCCUGGGCGACGUGAUCACGGACGUGCUCACUCAUUUCGACACGCCUUACUUCUUUGUUGGUGGUGCCGAUGCUGCUGCUGCCGCGGGCAACUGCACCGUCGCCGAUGUCAAGCGCGUCUUCCUCUCUGCCGUCUCCAGCGUCACAAAGCCCGGCACGAAGGCGGCCGUGUGGGAUAUGGCUGCUGCGGCGCUCACAAAACAGCUCCCCAAGGACACGCUUGUGUUUGCCACGCCAGGCUCCAAGCCCGUGGCAACAGCAGGCUCAACCAUUGUCUCUGGCUACCGCAACGUCAACGCCAGCAUGCCGUCCCUCCCAUUCGCUGGCGAGGGAGCAAGCCAGGACUCCUACCGUGAUUACACCGCCAUGGGGCCGUCUGUCACCGGUGCCGCCGCCACCUUCUUCACAAACGCCAUGUGCGAGGAGCAGCCGUGUGGGUCCAACAGCACAAUCACGCCACCAGCAAGCUUCCUUGCUCCCCGUACUCAGGACAGGCCUGCACGCAACGCCACGCUCUCCUCCCUCUUUCCCCGCGUCACUUACAUGGCCGGCGCUGCAUGGAACUUCCGCAACAUCACCGCCACUGAUCUCCGCCAACGCGUGUACAACUUCAACGCGUUCAUGGCGCUGCGCGGUGCACAGGUCUGCCCCAACUCAUGCGAGUGUACACUGGAGCACUACUGCAAGGACAAGUACGAGCACUAUGAUGCGGAGAUCAAGCUGUUUGAGGCCGGGUUCAUCUUUGGCACGGUCCUCGCCACCACCGCCGCCGCCAGCGUCAUCUUCCUGCAGAUUCGCCGCUUCACAUCCGCUCGCUGAGCACCACCUGCCAAUCCAAUUGCUCCUUGUUCUGUGUGUAGUUGUGCGAGUCUGUGUGUGUGUGUGUAUGUGUGUGUGUGUGUGUCUGCGUGCGUGAAAGUCUGUGUGUGUGUGUGUGUUUGGCGUUGCGUGUCGUUGUGGACAUGGUGCAAGCUCUACACUGUAUGUGGUGCAGCCCACACCUUUUCUUGUCCUCCUUUUCCUGUGAUGUUGCUGUGCUACGUGGGCGUGGCUUGUCUACUGCAAUGCAUCUGUGUGUGUGUGUGUGUGUGUGUGUGUGU